AUUUUUCUUUUUAAUUUAUACCUCCAUCAUCACUCGUUUUACUCGACUUCAAUAUUCUAUAGAAAACUGUAGAAAAAAAAAAUGCCACUGGAUUUAGAUGCUUGUCUGGAACACUUGUAUAAAAAGAGACUCUUAGCCGAAUGUGUCCUGAAGGAAAUCUGUGAAAAGACAAAAGAACUUUUGAUACGUGAAAGUAACGUUGUACAUAUUCAAGCUCCUGUUACUGUAGUUGGUGAUAUUCAUGGACAAUAUUACGAUCUUAUUGAAAUAUUUCGAAUUGGUGGUAACUGUCCAGAUACAAAUUACUUAUUCCUUGGCGACUAUGUUGAUCGUGGUUUAUAUAGUGUAGAAACUAUUUCAUUACUGACUUGCUUGAAGCUAAGGUAUCCUGACCGCGUUCAACUUGUACGUGGUAAUCAUGAAUCAAGAGCAGUGACACAGACAUAUGGUUUUUAUACUGAAUGUACGAGGAAAUAUGGAUCGCAACUUGUAUGGCAAUACUUUACGGAUAUGUUUGACUUUUUGACAUUAUCAGUUGUUAUUGAUAAUAGUAUUUUUUGUGUUCACGGAGGUUUAUCGCCGACAAUACAUAUCUUGGAUCAAGUGAAAAUCAUUGAUAGAUUUAGGGAGAUCCCACAUGAAGGCGCCAUGGCUGAUUUAGUUUGGUCGGAUCCUGAUCCUGAUAAGGAUGAAUUCUCAAUAUCUGCAAGAGGAGCGGGGUAUACAUUUGGUGGACUAGUGGUAGAUCGAUUUCUACAAAUGAACAACAUGUCACAUAUUCUACGAGCACAUCAACUGUGUAAUGCCGGAUAUCAAGUAUUAUUUGAUGACAAGCUUUCAACAGUAUGGUCAGCACCCAACUACUGUUAUCGAUGUGGUAAUUUGGCAUCUAUUCUUGAAGUUGGUGUCAAUGGUGAACGUUUCUUUAAUGUCUUUGAUGCUGCUCCUGAAAAUGAACAUGAUUCACCUGCUGGAAUACUAAAAGAAACUCAAAUCGAAUACUUCUUAUGAUUUUAUUCCAUAUUUUCUUUAUUACAUUCAUUUCAUUAGUUUAUUUUCCAUUUAUUUAUCGUGCUUUGUUUUUAUUCCCCUCAUUGUCUUCCUAAUUUACCCUCCCCAAAAAAUAAAGAACCACAUAUUCCAAUAUUUGAAAAAAAAAAAA